CAAAAAGUACCAGUCCUCUAAACGUUUUGAUUUGCAAAAAAGUUGAAAUAAAUCAUUAAUUAAAGAAUUUACAUAGUUGAAAGACUUUUUAAUACAAUUAAAUGGAAGAUGUACAUAGAUUGGAAGGAUCGACACCACAAACAGGAGGAUUAAUUAUCAAAAAGAAGAACAGUGACGAUAAAAAAGAUGUUUUUAAGAUUCCAGUGUCAAAAUUUGGAUUAGACGUGCUAGCUUUAAAAUUGAAAAAAGAACGAGAAAAUGGAUUGCUUAGUUCAUUUAAAGAUGAUGACGAGGACGAAGAAUCCAAAAAAUAUAGUAUCAAAAAAGAGAAUAAAGAUGAUGAAAUUCAAUUUAAGAAAUCGGACGCAAAACAUUCUAAACAAUAUAGAUCCAGUAAUGCACAAGCAGACACUCCAUCACAUUCGAUACCAGCUAUAACGGAUUCUGUUCGAGAGCAUUAUAAUGAUAGAAUAAGUGAUAAGCAUAAAAAAGGAUUGUAUACAUCCAGUAAAAACAAAGAUCGUCACAGUGAUGAUAGAAAGUCACAUAAAAGUUACAAUAAGGAUAGAUAUUACGAUAGAAAACGAUCAAGAUAUGAAGGAGGUAGCAGUAGAAGCAGUCAUCGUAAAGACCGUGACAGAUCUGAUAGACAUCGAGAUGUAGAAACGCCACGUCAUUAUGAAAGUAAUGCAAGAAGUUCAGUCGGUAAAAGUUCAUGGGAUGACGACGAUGAAGAUGACUAUAAAACAAAGAAGAAACGAUCAUCGUGGGAUUUCCCAACACCAAAAUCAUAUAAAAGUAGAUCCGAUGAUUCGGUACGUUCCAAUCGCUCAGAUUUAUCACAACGUCUUACACCAGCACAUAAAUUUAAUAAAUGGGCUCCAGAUCGCAAAAAAACUGGAGCAACUCCACAAACAGCAAGAGGCGAUGGAAGUGACGAAAAAAGACCUUGGGAUUCCGAAGAUGAUCGAGAAUUGUGGGAAAAAGAACAAAAUAUAUUGGACAGGCAGUGGUAUAAUAUGGAUGAAGGAUAUGACGAUGAAAAUAAUCCAUUUUCAGGAACAAGUUCUGAUUAUGUACGUAAAAAAGAAGAACAGCUAGAAUUGAGAAAGAAAAAAAGAAUAAGUGCACAGCAACGACAAAUUAACAAGGACAAUGAAUUGUGGGAGAAAAAUCGAAUGAUUACAUCCGGCGUUGUCACAAAAAUCAAUUAUAAUGAUGAUUUUGAAGAAGAAACUAUUGAUCGAGUUAAUUUAUUAGUUCAUCAUGCAGUUCCGCCUUUCCUUGACGGACGUAUUGUCUUUACAAAAAUCAUGGAGCCGGUAAUUCCAGUAAAAGAUCCAACGAGCGACAUGGCAAUGGUUGCGAGGAAAGGAAGUCCUCUUGUAAGAGUUUAUCGUGAACAAAAGGAGAGAAAGAAGGCACAGAAAAAACAUUGGGAAUUGGGAGGAACUAAGCUUGGUAAUAUUAUGGGUGUUGCAAAGAAAAAGGACGAAGAUGAUGCACAAUAUGAUGCUGAAACGGACAGUACAGACUAUAAAAAAGGUCAAAAGUUUGCAGAACAUAUGAAGAAACAAAAUGAAGAUUCCAAAUCAGAAUUUUCAAAGAGAAAUACAAUAAGUCAGCAGAGAAGAACUUUGCCUGUUUUUGCUGUUCGUCAAGAAUUACUUAAUGUGAUUAGAGAAAAUAAUGUAGUAAUUAUAGUCGGAGAAACUGGAUCAGGAAAAACUACACAAUUAACUCAAUAUUUGCAUGAGGAUGGAUAUAGCAACUAUGGAAUGAUUGGAUGUACACAACCACGUCGUGUUGCUGCUAUGUCUGUUGCGAACAGAGUUUCAGAAGAAAUGGGAACAAAACUAGGACAAGAAGUUGGUUAUGCUAUUCGUUUUGAGGACUGUACCUCAGAAAAUACAAUAAUUAAAUACAUGACUGACGGUAUUUUACUUCGGGAGAGUUUAAGGGAUGGAGAUCUUGAUAGUUAUUCUGCAAUUAUUAUGGACGAAGCUCACGAGAGAAGUUUGAGUACAGACGUACUUUUUGGAUUACUUCGUGACAUUGUAGCCAGAAGACAUGACGUAAAAUUAAUUGUUACUUCCGCUACAAUGGAUGCUACAAAGUUUUCACAAUUUUUCGGUAAUGUCCCGACUUAUACAAUUCCUGGACGUACUUUUCCAGUUGAGUUAUUCUUUAGUAAAAACACGGUUGAAGACUUUGUUGAUUCAUCAGUGAAAAAGGCUUUAGAGAUUCACUUGGGUAAUUUGGAAGGCGAUAUACUGAUUUUUAUGCCUGGUCAAGAAGACAUUGAAGUAACUUGUGAAGUUUUAAAAGACAGAUUAUCUCAACUUGAUGAUCCACCUGAAUUAUUAAUACUUCCAAUUUAUUCACAACUUCCAUCUGAUUUGCAAGCAAAGAUUUUCCAAAAAGCCGAAAAUGGAAUAAGAAAAUGUGUUGUAGCUACAAACAUUGCAGAAACGUCAUUGACAGUCGAUGGUAUAAAGUAUGUAAUUGAUAGUGGAUACUGUAAAUUGAAGGUCUAUAAUCCAAGAAUUGGUAUGGAUGCCUUACAAAUUUAUCCAAUAUCUCAAGCUAAUGCUAAUCAGAGAAGUGGACGAGCUGGAAGAACCGGUCCUGGAUUAGCUUAUAGAUUGUACACAGAAAGACAGUAUAAAGAGGAUUUACUUGCUCUAACUGUUCCUGAAAUUCAACGAACUAAUUUAGCUAAUACGGUGUUGCUUUUAAAAUCACUUGGAGUCAUUGACUUAUUAUCAUUCCAUUUUAUGGAUCCACCACCGCAAGACAAUAUCCUCAACUCACUCUAUCAACUGUGGAUUCUUGGAGCUUUAGAUCAUACAGGUCGAUUAACAGGACUUGGACGACAAAUGGCAGAAUUUCCUUUAGAUCCACCUCAGUGUCAGAUGCUCAUUGUUUCAUGUCAAAUGGGUUGUUCUGCAGAAAUUUUAAUUAUUGUUUCGAUGCUAUCAGUUCCUUCAAUAUUCUAUCGACCAAAAGGACGUGAAGAGGAAGCUGAUAAUGUCAGAGAGAAAUUUCAAGUUCCUGAAUCUGAUCAUUUAACAUACUUAAAUGUCUAUCAGCAGUGGCAAAUGAACAGUUACUCAUCAAAUUGGGCAAACGAGCAUUAUAUACAUAUUAAAGCAAUGCGGAAGGUCAGAGAGGUGAGGCAACAGCUUAAAGAUAUUCUAACUCAGCAAAAACUUGAAGUUGUAUCGUGUGGAACUGAUUGGGAUAUAAUACGUAAAUGCAUUUGUUCAGCAUAUUUCUAUCAAGCUGCACGACUCAAAGGUAUUGGAGAAUAUGUUAAUUUACGUACGGGAAUGCCUUGUCAUUUACAUCCAACAAGUGCACUUUAUGGUCUGGGAACUUCACCCGAAUAUGUCGUUUAUCAUGAACUUGUAAUGACUGCAAAAGAAUACAUGCAAUGUGCAACAGCUGUUGAUGGAUAUUGGUUGGCAGAAUUAGGCCCAAUGUUCUUUUCGGUUAAGGAAAGUGGCAAAAGUGGACGAGACAAAAGAAGGCAGGCAGCUGAACAUUUACAUAAAAUGGAAGCUCAGAUGCAGGAGGCACAAGUAGAGAUUGAACGAGAGAAGCAAGCUAAUGCUGAAAAGCAGGAAGCAAUCUUAGCUAAACAGGAAAUUGUCACGCCAGGAAGUACGGAAAAAACACCGAGAAGAACUCCAGCCAGAAUUGGUCUGUAAAAUUAAAGAUUAAAAUCAAUCAAUAAAAAA